UCUUUCCCUCCACACGCCAUCAAGGUCUGGGAGUGUGCAGUAGACUGUAUCGUUUCAGCCGUGGAGUGAGGGAAGCUGCAGUGGGACAAGCUCAAGGGUGAAGGAGAAAUACCAGCACAUAGAGGCCAUUGAGCUGCUGAGAAGUUUUACUGGUGACAAAACAUGAAUUCAUCCUACUUUCCGGUUACAGCCACAGCCCUGCUCCUGUGUUUUUCUUGGAUUUUACCAAUCCGAGGCUGCAAUAAAGCACUUUGUGCAAGUGAUGUCAGCAAGUGUUUAAUUCAGGAACUGUGCCAGUGCCGACCCACAGACGGAAAUUGUUCCUGCUGUAAAGAAUGUAUGCUGUGCCUGGGCACACUCUGGGAUGAGUGCUGCGACUGUGUGGGAAUGUGCAAUCCAAGAAAUUACAGUGAUACUCCACCAACCUCUAAAAGUACAGUAGAAGAACUGCAUGAGCCUAUCCCUUCCCUGUUUCGGGCCCUGACUGAAGGUGAUACCCAGCUGAGCUGGAAAAUUGUCUCUUUCCCUGUGGUGGAGGAAUUGUCCCACCAUGAAAACCUUGUCUCCUUCCUGGAAACUGUGAAUCAGCAGCAACAUCAAAAUGUGUCCAUUCCUCAGAGUGGAGUUCAUGGCAACAACGAGAAAGAGCAUAUGUGUACAGUGGUUUAUUUCGAUGACUGCAUGUCGAUUCAUCAGUGCAAGGUUUCUUGCGAAUCCAUGGGAGCCUCAAAAUACCGGUGGUUUCACAAUGCGUGCUGUGAAUGCAUAGGGCCCCAGUGCAUUGAUUACGGCAGCAAAACAGUGAGGUGUAUGAACUGCAUGUUUUGAGGAGGCUCACUGAUGCUCAGAUAAAACAACUAUAUUGUGUUGCCCAGUUUAUAACCCAUCCGUGCCACUUCAACUUGCUCUUCACUUCAAAAUAGUGCAGAGUUGCUGGUGUUGGCAGAAAAAAGGGUUUUAAGAGGAAUACCAAUAGGAACAUAAUUUGGGUACAAUGGUUUUUAAAUCUAUAUUUUUUAUGUAAAAUGCUAUUUUUUAAAGUCAUAGAAUUGUUUUUAUAAACUAUGUAAAUGUGCCUUUGUAUAAAUUCUUCUCUGUAGAAUGUUAUGCUUUUGUAAAUUGUUAGACUUGUCCAGACUUUGCUACAUUGGUAGAUCCUAUGAAGUGAAGAACAGGCCAUAAUUUUCCAUAUAAUAUGCAUACUUUUGUAAAUUGCUGGUUACUGUUAUUGUAAAUCAUAUUACUUGAUUCUCUUGUUUUGUACAACAUGUAGCAAAUAGCUUUGCCUAUUAGAAAUUCCAUUUUGAAGUUUAGUUUAAAAAGUACAGAUUUUUCUACCAUUUCACUAUUUUUCUAUAUAGGUUUAAGAACCGUUUUGUUUUUUUUGCACUUUCAUGGCUAAUAUUCAUAUUACAUACUGUUCUUAACGUAUAGCCACUUCCUUGCCAAUUUCUUUUUAAGUAGCUUCCCCUAUUAAUAAAAUUUAACCUAACAGAAGAUUGUGGUCCAUCACUUCUGCUUCAUUCUCUAAUAUAUAGUAUUAAAUCUUAAUUUGAAAAAAAAAAUAGUUUUGUAAAAAAACAAAAAAACACACAAAACAAAAGAAACAUAUCUGCUCAUUGCCUGGUACUGAAGCUUAGUAUGGUAAAGGUUUUUUUCUCUCCCUUCGUAUCUAUAUGCUUCUGAUGAAACAGUGGGUAAAACUACUUUUGGCUACUGCUGUUAGUCCUAUGGCUAUAUUCCCAGAUACACUGCAUGUUGGAAACUCUUCCCUGUAAAAACAAAAAACAAAAUAAAAAAAUAUAUAAAGAGUAUUCUAUCAGUUUAUUUUGGGACUUCAAAAAUAUCAUACUUUUUUUUUAUAUAUGAGAAAAAAUUGUUAAAAGUAGAAAUAAUAAAGUAAUCUAGAAUAUUUGUGGUCUGUGAGAAAUUUGUUAUUGAGAGUCAGUUACAGUAACUUUGAAAGUAAUAAUAUCCAGAAUACCUUACGGUCAAUGAUCAAACAAUAAAGGGCCAUUAAAUGCAUGUUUUAUAGAUGCAAAGUAAAGAUGGGCAAUUAAGCACUACAUUGUCAGAGAUCUGCACAUAAAAUAAAUGCUUUGUAAGCACUUAAUGUUAUCUUGGUACCAAAAUGUAUAUUGUUUGCAUUCUAGGGACACACCUCUUGAAAGCUUUGGUUACAUUUUUCUUAUGUCUUUAACAGUGUUCAAUUAAGGACAGAUAUAACUUUGUAAAAGUCAGAGUUCUGAACUCUGCAGUGUGUACUCCGUCUUCUCUAGGACAGAAGAAAAAGCCAUUGUCAAGGGCAAAUUAUUAAUAAAAAAGUGCAGGAAAUAAUGAAAUGGCAUGGUUUAUUAAUCGAAAAAAGUGCAGGAAAUAAAUAAUGAAAUUACAUGGUUUAUUAUAAUUUUUUUGGUAUGUAUAACUCAACAUUUUAUAUGGGGUUUUAUUUCUUCUCUUCUUGUAACUAGGCACAAGCUUACCAAUAAAAUAAUCGCACAUUA